ACGUUGCGACGCUCGAUCGAAUGACACGUACAGUUAGUAAACAAGGAUAGAUAGAAAGUUGUUGUCGAAGGAAAUAAAAGACAAGGGAUAAAGCUAGCUGGCUAACUACUGUGCCAAGUACGUUUAUGAUCUGCCAAGAUCUCAGAAACCUGUUUUAAUAUGAACGUGUUUGACCGCAGCAUCAAAUUGGAUGUUCUCCUCAAGUUCUCCCAAAUUUCCCAAUCUACCCAGUUACACCUGAAGAAUGUCUACUCCAGUUUGGCAGUUUGCAUGUUCGUGGCUGCAGCAGGCUCCUACGUCCAUGUUGUCACACGGCUCUUUCAGGGUGGUUUGCUGACUCUUCUGGGUUCCCUGGGCAUGGUGGUUUGGUUGUCCAUGACACCACACAGCCCAGAGACCGAGAAGAAGAGACUGGCUAUCCUUGCAGGGUUUGCUUUCUUCACAGGUGUUGGUCUUGGACCAGCAAUGGACUUUGUCAUCAUCAUUAACCCAAGCAUCAUUGUGACAGCCUUCCUUGGAACCUCAAUCAUCUUUGUCUGCUUCACUCUCAGUGCCCUGUAUGCCAAGCGCAGGAGCUUCCUCUUCCUAGGAGGUACUCUGAUGUCUGGCUUGUCUGUCUUGUUCCUGGUGUCUGUGGUGAACAUGUUCUUAGGAUCAGCGAUACUCUUCAAGGCUCACAUGUACCUGGGGCUGGUCAUUAUGUGUGGCUUUGUUCUGUUCGACACUCAGCUCAUCAUUGAGAAAGCAGAGAACGGAGACAAGGACUACAUCUGGCAUUGCGUGGACCUGUUCCUCGACUUUGUGACCAUUUUCAGAAAACUCAUGAUUCUCCUUGCCAUGAAUGAGAAGGACAAGAAGAAAGAAAAGAAGUAGAUUAAAUAAAUCCAGUUGAAGUUUCAAAUGAAAAACGAUCUGUGACAAGGAACAGAACCAGCAACAAAGCCUCUGUCUGCAGUGCUGUUGGUGCUUUUACUAUUUGUCGUUCUUGGUUACUUUUUGUCCUUUGAUUUGAGCUUGCAAGUGGUUAUGAUACGGUUGUAUUUUAGGCUACUGCUGCAGUGAGAAUGCUUGUCCUGUAGGGGGAGUGGUUGUUCUAUGAAGGUGUACAUAACAGAACUGAACUCUUUGUGCC